UUGGACCGCGACGGUUUGCUGCAGUGGUUUCUCCUCUCUCUCUCUCUUUCCGGGGGGUUUAAAACGUUUGGUGUUGUGUAUGCAAAAAAAAAACCCAGUAAAGUGCAGUGAACAGUGAACAACGACUUGUGCGCGAGUUCCGUGGGGAGUGAAGGAACCAACCAGAUUUUUGAGUGGAGUUCUCGGAAUAUUUUGUAAGGACUUUAGGCCACCUCAAAGCUCGGCGAAUGUCGGUCGAUCGUUGUGCAAAGAAAUAAACCAAAAUCAACACCGGUAGUGCGCUGAACAGUGUUGUACACCACCGAGGCCUUUUCAUAUUUGCCUGCUUUAAGCUCCUCGGGAGUUACGCAAGAGCUCCCCGCUCAGCAUCCGCGAACAACGGUCGCGUUGCGGUCGCAAAACUCAUCGCCGUCGCCAAGACCCGGAGCCGGAGCCAGAGAUUGUGCGGGGACUGCAACGCUGCUGGCGCAAAAUGAGACCAAACUGGAUUAACGUUUCAAUAACUGCGUUGAUCGUGACGACGCUCUUUAUUGCAGUUUGUCAAGCGGAUGAUGGCGGCGGAGGAGGAGGAGGAAAGAAGGCCGAUGCUGGAGGAGGAGGUGGGCGGAAAGCACCGGCGUUGAUCGAGGUGCCGGGAAGCGCCAAGGUGGGCACGAAAGGUUCUCGUUUACAGGGCAUUUCCGGUUCGACCACAACCACCGUACCAACGGCCCUGCUGGUGACGCCGAAGCCCAAGAAGGUGAAACAGAAGAAGCCGGCCGACGAUGACGACGACGACGAGGAUGACUUUUUCGGGGACAUUCUGGGGGACGACGACGAUGACGAUGACAGCGAGGAUGACGAGGAGGAUGAUGAGGAGGAGGAGGAGGAGGAAGAGGAGGAAGAAGAGGAACCGGAAGAGGAGACCAGCACGGAUGGCGGUGGAGGGAGUCGGUUGUGGGCGCCGGAUUUCAACAAAAUCUCGCAAACAUUGGGUGCGUUGAACACGGUCGGGCGGUACAUCGUGAACAUAACCAAGGGUCAGGAGCCCAGCGCGGUCAACUCGGUGAACAAGGACACCAAGGAGAACAUUCCGGCGGCGAUUUUGACCUUGACGAGCUCAGUUUGGGGACCGAACGUUACGAAGAGUAUUGAGCCGUUGAUUAAGCGAGUUGGGGGUUCCGAGGUUGAGCUGUCACCGGAGAUACCCACGACGAGUACGACGACGACGACGACCACGACUACGGUUGAGCCGCCCGUUGUGACGGAGGUCACGGUGGAGGAAAUUUUGGAGGUGCAGAAGAAGGAGGAUGUGGCCGCGGCGACGCCGUCCAGUUCCAUGCAGAAGAAGAAAAAGAAGAAGAAGAACAAGGUCAAGCGAAAGGAUCCGGCCCACGUGGAGACUACCAAGAAGCCGGCGCCAGUUCAUAAGAUUGUCGAAUCGACUAAAGACGCCGAGAACCGGUGCACGACACCGGAUGGCAGACCUGGACGGUGCGAGGAUUUGAGCACGUGCCCGGGGUUGCUGCUGGAUCUGACUCAUUUGAGGGAAUCGUUGUGCUUUAAAAGUUUGUUCGUUCCGGGAGUGUGUUGUCCAACGCCGGCCAGCACGGUGUUGACCACGCAGAAACCAACGCAGCGUCCGAUACCUCAAACGACUUCGCAAAGCUUGGUGUUGAGUCCGGUGACGACGAAGCCGACGACCACCAAGCGUCCCCUGCUUCCGGUGUUUACCGUGACGACCACUACGGAGCAGGCUUUGGCCGCAACCCUCAAACCGAUUCUGGACAACUUUGUCGAUCCGGAGGACUGUGGUCAGCAGGAGUACUCGUCCGGGCGAAUCGUCGGCGGUAUUGAGGCCCCGGUAGGUCAGUGGCCGUGGAUGGCCGCCAUUUUCCUGCACGGUCCCAAGCGAACCGAGUUCUGGUGCGGAGGUUCGCUGGUCGGUACCAAGUACAUCCUGACCGCAGCCCAUUGUACGCGGGACUCCCGGCAGAGGCCGUUCGCGGCGCGCCAGUUCACCGUCCGCCUUGGAGACAUCGACCUGUCGACGGACGGUGAACCGUCGGCACCGGUGACCUUCCGAGUGACGGAAGUUCGAGCCCAUCCCAAGUUCUCGCGCGUCGGAUUCUACAACGACAUCGCCCUGCUCGUGCUGGACCGACCGGUUCGCAAGUCCAAGUACGUGAUCCCGGUGUGUCUCCCCAAGCCCAACCUGCCCUCGAAGGACCGCAUGGCCGGUCGCCGGGCCACCGUCGUCGGCUGGGGAACGACCUACUACGGCGGCAAGGAAUCGACCAAGCAGCAGCAGGCGACGCUGCCGGUGUGGCGCAACGAGGACUGCAACCACGCGUACUUCCAGCCCAUCACGGACAACUUCCUGUGCGCCGGGUUCUCCGAGGGUGGCGUCGACGCGUGCCAGGGUGACUCGGGCGGACCGCUGAUGAUGCUGGUCGAAGCGCGCUGGACCCAGGUCGGGGUGGUCUCGUUCGGGAACAAGUGCGGCGAGCCGGGCUAUCCCGGAGUUUACACCCGCGUCAGCGAGUACAUGGAGUGGAUCCGGGAGAACACGAAGAAGUGAACCGAAGGGGGAGUGGGGAGCAAGUUCCGUUACCAGAGUCGCCAUAACGAUAGAGGGAGAGAGAAACUUUAAGGAUACAAAUGUGAUAGUCGAAUGAAAGAGCGGAUGCGAAUU